AUGAUCAUUUCUCAACUUGUUCACCUUUUAAAACCAUUUAAACAAGUCUUGGUUAUCAUUCAAAAAGGAAAAACACCUUCUCUUCAUUUAGUUACAAUUGUUAUUUUAACACUUCGUCGAUCAUUAGAGUCAUAUUCAUCAUUGAUUGAAUAUAAUAAAAAUUAUGAAAUUGAUCAAUCAAGUGAAGAUUUAAGUGAAAAUGAAGAUGAAUAUGUUGAAGAAGAAGGAAUGCGUUUUUUUCGAUUACGUAUUCAUCAUUUACUUCAUUCUAUGUUUAAAUUAGAACCUAUUCAUUUAGCAGCUGCACUUUUACAUCCUCGAUAUAGAUUGUUGAAGAAAUGUUCCUUAUAUGAAGUGCGAGAAUGCCAUUUAUAUAUUCGACAACGUAUGGCACAAAUUAAAUCGAUGAAAACGAACAAAUCAACAUCUGAUAUAUCAGAAAAACAUUCCUCCAUGGCUAAUAAUGUAACAUUAAAUGAACCAGUAAAGAAAAAACCAAAACGAUUUGGAGAAGAUUUCGAAACUAGAAAUCUUAGUGAUGAAUUUGAUAAUGAAUGUGAUGAUGAGUUAAACAAAUAUUUGGAACAACGUAUUGAUACAGAAUCAAUUGAUGAUAAUCCAUUAUCAUUUUGGUAUCAUCAUCGACUUACCUAUCCUAUUUUGUCUCAGUUGGCACGUUCGAUUUAUUCCAUUCCAGCUAGUACUGCUAAUGUGGAACGUACAUUUAGCGGAAGUGGAAUGAUGAUUAACUCAAGACGUACUAGAUUAAAUCCUGAACAAAUCAACAACGCCAUGUUUUUACGUUCAGUUAAAAAAAUGAGUGAUUGUAUUAUAAUUGUUUUUCAUUUUCAUAUAUUUAUUUUUUUUUCUAUUUCGAAAUGA